CUGCAUCAUCCGUCCUUGGUGCAGCUGACUUGGCGUUGAACAUUUGGUGCAGCCGAAGCAAAGAUGGCAUCUGCAGGUCUCCACAUCUUUGGCAUCUUCCUGGCAAGUCUUGGUUUUGUCGGCGAUAUCAUCAUCUGUGCCCUGCCGAUGUGGAAGGUGUCUGCCUUUGUUGGGAACAACAUUGUGACGGCCCAGAUCUUCUGGGAGGGCCUGUGGAUGAACUGUGUGAAGCAGAGCACCGGCCAGAUGCAGUGCAAGGUUUAUGACUCCAUGCUGGCUCUGCCUCAAGACCUACAAGCUGCCCGGGCCCUGGUCGUGAUCUCGAUCCUCGUGGCUUUCCUGGGAAUCCUGCUUGCUGUCGUAGGAGGAAAGUGCACCAACUGCAUUGAAGAUGAACUUGCCAAGAGCCGAGUAGCCAUCGCUGCAGGUGUGUUCUUCAUUGUUGCCGGUAUCCUGUGCCUUAUCCCGGUGUCUUGGUCUGCCAACGAGAUCAUCAGAACCUUCUACAACCCCGUCAUGAUCGACGCCCAGAAGAGGGAGCUCGGCGCAGCCCUGUUCAUCGGCUGGGGAUCAGCAAGCCUCCUGAUCGUCGGGGGAGCUCUCCUCUGCUGUCAGUGCCGGCGGCAGAAGGAUGGCCGCUACUCUGUGAGAUAUUCUGCCCCACGCACAGCAGCCAGCGCAGGAGCCUAUGUUUGAAAUGCUCAGACUGUACCACGAAAAUCUGCACUUGCAAUAUUAUGGAAACUGGACUGAACUCCAAUCCAGGGUUUUAAUGAUCUUAACUUUUUACUGCUUUUUUAAUAAAACUCUCUUCCACAUUCUU